GAAAAUAGAAUAUUUGAUCAAUUGUAGAGGCGCGGAUAAUUAACUUUCGGACAAAAAUAGUAGCAAUGGUAGUAGUUAUGCAUUGUUUUUAUUCGUUUUUCAUAAUUUGAUUUGUUCCAUUCAUUUGAGAGCUCCAAUGUCAACUAUACCCAGUAUCAAAAAGUUAGAUCAGGCAGUUGUGAACAGAAUUGCUGCAGGCGAAGUGAUUCAACGACCCGCCAAUGCUUUAAAAGAGUUGAUUGAGAAUUCCUUAGACGCAGGUUCUACUCAGAUCCAGAUCCUCAUUAAAGAUGGAGGACUGAAAUUAUUACAAAUUCAAGAUAAUGGACACGGUAUAAGAAAAGAGGAUAUGGCUAUCGUAUGCGAACGAUUUACUACAAGUAAAUUAAGCAAAUUCGAGGACCUUUCCUCUAUCGCGACGCAUGGAUUUAGAGGAGAGGCGCUUGCAAGUAUAUCGCACGUAGCCCACAUUAGUAUCACUACGAAAACUGCGGAUUCGCCCUGUGCCUAUCGCGCGCUUUAUGCUGAUGGGAAGCUCAUCCCAGCACAACCGGGCCAGAGUGCUGACCCAAAACCAUGCGCAGGCAAUAACGGUACACAAAUAACAGCAGAAGAUUUAUUUUUCAAUGUGCCUACGAGAAGAAAAGCGCUGAAAUCGCCCAGUGAUGAGUAUAAUCGAAUCUUGGAUAUUGUAAGCCGGUACGCGAUUCAUAAUGCAGGUGUCAGCUUUGCCUGCCGAAAACAAGGAACGACCAUGGCGGAUAUACAGACCAAGAAUGGAGCAAGCAUUUUGGACAACAUUCGUCUGCUGCAUGGCUCUGUAGCGUCAGAAUUGCUGCCUGUGAAAAAUACGUUUGAUCAGUUAGGUUUCACUCUCGAUGGAUACGUCUCGAAUGCGAAUUAUAGUGUGAAGAAGAUGACAUUUUUGCUAUUCAUUAACCAUCGUGCAGUGGAAAGCUCUUCGAUAAAAAGGGCCAUUGAAAAUAUCUAUUCAACGUUGCUACCGAAGGGCGGGCACCCCUUCAUUUAUCUAAGCUUGGAACUCGAUCCAAAGAAUGUAGACGUGAACGUCCAUCCAACUAAAAAGGAGGUUCACUUUUUGUACGAGGAUAAAAUCAUAGAAGCCAUAAGUGACACAUUUCAGCAAGCAUUAGAAAGCGCAAAUAGUUCUAGGACUUUUUAUACACAAGCCCUGUUGCCAGGUGCAUCCAACCCAACAUCGGAUGCUGACGAUGAAGAGCCAAGUUCUUCUUCCACACGGUCCAGUAACGUUCCAGAAUACAAAUAUGUUAGAACAGAUAGUAGAGUAACAACGCUUGAUACAUUCCUUUAUAAUCCUGAAAAUGCAGCUAGAGCUGCAGAGACUUUAAACGCUGAAAGUAGUAGUACGGAUUCUUCACAGCCUCCUGUUGCAUCUGUGACAACCACUUGUUCAGUCGAAGUGAUCAAAAAGACACGUGUCGAGGUUCGACUGACUAGCGUUUUAAAUCUUCGGAAAGAGAUAAAGAAGCAAGAAAACGCAAAAUUGACUGCUAUAUUGUCAAAUCAUACAUUUAUAGGCUGUGUCGACGAUGUGCUGGCACUCAUACAACAUGAACAAAGUAUAUAUCUUGUCAACUACACUGUGGCCAGUGAGGAGUUGAUAUAUCAGAUAGUAUUACAUGAAUUUUGCAAUAUGGGCCAACUAAAACUAUCAACGCCAGUAUCCAUACGCGAAUACCUCGCUGUAGCGCUCGACAUUGAACGGCACAAUGGCACUUUACCCGAUAAUCUGGUCAGCAACGAAGAGAUAAUAGAGUCCAUCACAACUACAUUGAUAGCACGUGCAGAGAUGCUGCAUGAAUACUUUUCUUUUGAGAUUUCAGCAGAAGGAGACUUGCUUGCGCUACCGAUGAUCAUUCGUGAUUAUAUUCCUUCUAUGGAUAAAUUACCCGUCUUCUUGCUCAGGUUGGGUACUGAAGUAGACUGGGAAUCAGAAAAGCAAUGCUUCUACACAUUAUCAAAAGAGCUAGCUUUAUUUUACAGUGCUGAACCUCCACUUCGAUCCGAAGAGAGAGAGGAUUACCUGUGGAAAGUGCAGCACUUGAUCUUUCCUUGCUUCAAGACGCAUUUCGUAGCACCCUCUUCUUUGAAAGAAUUUGUUACACCAUUGGCUAAUCUGGCUGAUUUGUACAAGAUCUUUGAACGAUGCUGAAAAAAAAAAAAAAAAAGAAA